GUGAAAACUACAAAAGUUACAAGUGCAGUAAGAUAAUUACGUACAUUUAUGUGUAUAUAUACACACACACUCAAAUAAAAUCACGCAGAUCCAACUAAACUAAAAAAGUGAAAAAGGUGUUUAGGAGGUGUGAGAAAAAAAGCCUUUUCAUUUUAUAAACAAACAUUUAAACGCAAGUACGAAAACGAAAAGAAACGAACAUCUAACGACAACAACAUCUGGAAUAAAAUGUUGGAUUUAUUUAAAUAAAGUUAUACGAAACAAUUUACAUAACGAUCACGAUGAUGAUGAUGAAGGAUUUGAAAGGUUUCUAUAUAAUACAACUGCUAGUAACGAUGAGCACUGUGUGCCAGGGUUGUUCUUCACGAGCAGCACCCAAACCUAGACCAACAUUGCCCUCCACCAUGGCUCCGAUGACAACACCCAGGCCGAAUAUAACAUUCCCCAUAUUGAAUUGUCCACCGCCGUAUGCGGCCUGGUAUUGUCUAAACGAUGCCACAUGCUUUAAGGUCGAAAUCCAUAACGAGGUCUUGUACAAUUGUGAAUGUGCUAAUGGCUAUAUGGGUCCACGAUGUGAAUAUAAAGAGAUCGAUGGUAGCUAUUUGCCAACCAGACAACGUGCCAUGUUGGAAACGGCCAGUAUAGCUAGUGGUGCAACUUUAGCUUUAAUAUUUAUGCUCGUUCUGUGCUUUUCACUUUAUAUACGACAUGAGAAGCAGCAAAAACUAAAAAUGAGCGAAAGUUCUACAAUGGCGCACGAAAAUGCUGGCAUGGAUGAGGUUGAUGGCAUAACCAAAAUUCCAGAAAUGCGACCAUUCGGUCCACAUCAUUAUCAAGUUUUACCCUUAUCAUCGGCAUUUAAACGUUAACAGUGAAUUGACGUUGGACAAAAUGCUGUGUAGUAUUAGUUAAACUUAUUUCUAGCUUUUUCUUUUAAAUGUUAAUGUCACAACAUAAAGUUUAAUAAACAAAAACACAAGUUGUCACUUUUAAUACCAAUCGUUAUAGGUCGUUAACUAUCUAAAAUAAUAAUAAUAUUUGCCUUAUAACUACAAUAUAAAUCUAGUUAACGGCUUUUCACAUUACUCUAUAUUUCUAUUUACACUUUUUAUGCACUGAAACUUUAUAAACAUAAAUUUAAACAUAGCAACUAUAAUUUUAAGAGUUACUUUUUCUUUUUAGAGCAGCUAUUUUUUUGUUGUAUUAAAUUAUUGUAUUUUUUAUUUAACAUUUUUAACCUGUUCAAUAUAAUCUUGUCCUAAGUUUUAAUGUAUUUAUUUAUUAUUUAUACUUAUUUUAUUUAUUUAUAACUAUUAUUAUUUGUUUUUUAUUUCCUUUGGCAGCUUAUUGUUUUAGUUACAUUUAAUUUUAAUGUAUUUAUUUAAAAAAAAAAGUAUUUCUUUUUACCUGAAACUAUAAAAGACAUUAAAACAGUAUAUUACCAUUGUUUAAUAACUGUUGUAUUUAAUAAUUUUUUCUUUAUACUUAUUUAUUCACAUUUUCUUUGCAUUUCCUACGAACAACGAAUUAUUUAAUUUUAAAUAUUUCAUAAAAUUAUAAUGAUAUUCAUAUUGUAGCAGAGAUAUUGUACGUUAUUGCAUACUAUUACUUUUAGUAGUGAAUAAAUAAUAUAUGUAUACACCUAACAACAAUAAACAAGUAUUAAUUUAAUUAACAUUAUAUUGAAAA